GCGAUAUAAAAUCUUGGUUAGCGAUACGGCCGGGCCGCAUUUUCAUUUCAACUUUGUGUGCGACGAGUUGUCUCUCCAGUCGCGUCCUGUUAGCCACCUCCGCGUCCGCAGCGCGUCCCUUCGUUCCGUGAUCGCAGUGCUCGGAAUCGAAAAUCUAUAUCGAUUGGAAUAUAUUUUGGAAAUUUCGAAUAUAUAAAAACAAGCUACAAAAUCAAGUGAGCAACUCGAGACUUGCUCUUGUUUCAAUUUGUGCAACGAACACAUCCGAAUCCUCGAUUCCAGUGGAACACCGAACAUAAAAAAGCAAUCGUGAUCCGCCGCUGUGCCAUUGACUCCAGCUGAAAGGGAUUAACCGAACCCAAUGCCAAGGAUUUAAACUGACUAAAGACGCCACACCAAAAAUCAAACAGCAGCAGCGAAGAAGAAAGCCGCAGAGCGAGGCCGACUAGCGAAAUCCAAAAAUCCACAUUUUUGGUUUCCAGGGCGUCAAAUUGGAAUUUCAAUUUCAAGCCAAACACCGCACACACACACACACAACCAGAUCAAAAUGGGACACCUGACGCGACGCAGCAGCCUAAUGGCCAUAGUCCUGUGCCUGGUACUCAACACACAGCACCUGUCGGUGCAUGGCGAUGCCUCGCACAUUGAGUCCGCCGCCCUGCCCCUCGAACACAGGGCCGGCUACGGUCCACCGGCGCCCAUUUACGGAGCGCCCCAGGGACCACUGAGCACCGGAGCCACCAACGAUGUGUCCGAGGAGGCAUGGCCCCUCGCCAGCACCAACGACAGUCCGCAGAUCAAGCACCUGCAGGUGCAGUGCGAGAAGACCCACAUGCGGGUGAACAUCGAGUUCGACCGACCCUUCUACGGCAUGAUCUUCUCCAAGGGAUUCUACAGUGAUCCCCACUGCGUGCACCUGAAGCCCGGCACCGGCCACCUGAGCGCCACCUUCGAGAUCUUCCUGAACAGCUGCGGCAUGACCAGCUCGGCCAACCACAAUGCCGCCGGCUAUGGAGCGCCCACGCCAUCGGGCAGCUAUGUGGAGAACACGAUCAUCAUCCAGUACGAUCCCUACGUGCAGGAGGUGUGGGAUCAGGCCAGGAAGCUGCGCUGCACCUGGUACGAUUUCUACGAGAAGGCCGUCACCUUCAGGCCCUUCCAGGUGGACAUGCUGCAUGCGGUGACCGCUAACUUCCUGGGCGACAACCUGCAGUGCUGGAUGCAAAUCCAGGUGGGCAAGGGACCCUGGGCCUCCGAGGUUUCGGGCAUUGUCAAGAUCGGACAGACGAUGACCAUGGUGCUGGCCAUCAAGGAUGAUGAAAACAAAUUCGAUAUGCUGGUGCGCAACUGUGUGGCCCACGACGGCAAGCGGGCUCCCAUCCAGCUGGUGGAUCAGAAUGGCUGCGUUGUCAGGCCCAAGAUCAUGAGCAAGUUCCAGAAGAUCAAGAACUUCGGACCCUCGGCAUCGGUGGUUAGCUUCGCCUACUUCCAGGCCUUCAAGUUCCCCGACUCGAUGAAUGUGCACUUCCAGUGCGUCAUCCAGGUGUGCCGCUACAACUGCCCCGAGCCCAAGUGCGGACCCGGUUUGCCAGGUGGCGAGUAUGGUCUGCCCCAGAUUGGCGCCAAUGGUCUGUCCGAGGAGUACGGUCCCCCAGAGGCAUACGAGAGGAACGAUUUCGCCCUGGGCGGUCCCGGAGUUCUGCCACCAGCUGCCUAUCCUGAUCCACGUCACCCUGCCUCCGAUGCCACUGGAGCGUACUCUGAGAACCAACCGGAUGUGGUGCCCUCGCCCCAGGCUCAGACCUCGGCGGCAGUGCCCACUGCUGACUCGGGAACCGUUUCCGGACCUGCCAGCUCCCAGUCGCCACAGCCCCAGCCCACUGGCAGCAACGAACUGGGUCUGCCGCCACCACCACUGCCAGGACAGAGCGGUCAGUACAGCACGGUGAAGCGCAAGGAUGACCUGAGUGCCGGUGGCAACCUGGUUUCCCUGGGCGGACGCCCACGCUCCGUGGAGGGACUGGACGAUCUGCGCGGCGUGCGAAGGCGCAGGGACACCAUGGACAUUGUGGUGAAGCCACAGAGGAUCUACAAGCGGAACGCGCAGGAGAUGACCGAUGUGAACACCAGCCGAAUCAUUCAGGUGGUGGCGCCCGGAGACGUUAACUUUGCGCUGAACAGCAAUGCCAGCAACGAGACGGUGGUCAUCCAGUCGGCCAGGUCCGCGGAUGCGGAGACCAUCUGCAUGUCGGUGCCCAGUUUUGUGGGCGGAUUGGUGAUGCUGCUGCUCGUCCUGGCCGUCGCCUCUCUAGUCGCCGCCUUCCUCUUCGUCCGCGUGCGUCACUUCGACCGCAAGGGAGCGGGCAUGGCCUAUGUGAACUAAGGAUCUGGAAUCGGGCCAGAGGACCGGACCAUCAUCACCAUCAUCAGCGACCGAUCGGCGUGAACAGAAAACCAAAUCAGUUUUAUGUGCACUUCAGAAACACUCAUUCCAAGCCCAUUCCCCAUAGGCACCCCAUCCCAUAACUAUUUAUUCUUCGGUUAUUUAUUGAGAUCCCACAAUCCGCCACUUUCAAAUGGUUUCCUACUUUACCACUACGCUCUAUCCUUCAUAUGUUUCCCUAGUUUUAGGCAAAGCGAAAUUGAAUUGUCAGACUUGUUAAGUUUCAGUUAUACCUACGCGGGAUUUGAGGCCAUCUGAAUGGACAGAUUCGCCUCGAAUGUUACAAUAUGCAAGUUAAUAAUAUCGAGAAAAUAAACACAAACGAAGUAAUGAAGCGGCAAACAUGGAAAAGCAGAAAAUCGUUUACAAUAAGUUAAUAUAGCAAAUGUAUAUAUUAAAUUAUUUAUUUAUUACUUUAUUUGAUAGCUGCGAAAUAAUAAAAAGUU